AUGGACCUGCCCCAGAUCGAGUCGCUAGGGGAGACAUUGUCUGCUUCGACUGAGCAGCAACGCAAGAUCUCAGUGAGGGGCACAACCUCCUCACUGGCAACACGAUACGAGCACUGGCGCAUGCUGUUGCUGCAGGCCCGGGGCGAGCUGGAAGCCUUGAUCGAUUUCUCCGAAGACCAACACUUUGACGAAUCACCUGCUGUUCUAUGCGCCUCCGUCGCAACUCAAGUCCGUGCCUUGCAGGUGCAGAUGGAGGCGCACGUUGCCAACGCCGUUCGUGGAGAGAUGCUGCGCAAUGGCAUUAGCAUUGCGCUUCUCGGUGCACCCAACGCAGGCAAGAGCAGUUUGCUGAAUCGCAUAGUUGGGAGAGACGCUGCUAUCGUCUCUGAGGAAGCUGGCACAACGCGCGACGUGGUUGAGAUAGGAUUGGAUCUGGGUGGGUGGCUUGUCAAGAUUGGAGACAUGGCCGGCCUUCGCCAGGCUGGUGUCGCAGGUGCGAGCGUCGUUGGGGCCGUUGAACAGGAGGGCAUCAAGCGCGCGAAGCAACGAGCACUCGAAUCAGACGUGCUGAUUGUCGUUCAAGACGCCACAGCCGAGAUGGAUCCUGAGGUCAUGGCGACGGCAAAGCAGUGUGCUGAUGUCGGCAUCGAGGUCAUUGUUGCUCUCAACAAGCGCGACCAACUUUACACGUUCGAUAUCUCGCGGGCGAAAUGGGAAGAAAAGAUUCACUCCGUCCUGGGCCUCUCUAAAGACCGCCUGUGCUUCAUUACAUGUAAGCCGCUCACAGGGCCGAUACCUUAUCCAACUAGCGACAACAUCCCGGAAUUCCUCACUAUCUUGCAGGAUACUUUCAAGUCUAUGACAGCCGCGUUAGUUCCUGACUCGGAUCCCGAUCCAAGCAUUUGGCAAGAGUCAUUAGGCGCAACCGAGCGUCAACGUCUUCUUCUCUCCGAAUGUCUCAGCCACCUUUCCGCCUUCCUCACAACCGUAACCGAGCCCUCGGCCGAUACAACCAGAACCGGUGAGGAACUACCAGGCGAGGCCGACGAGGUCGAUAUUGUGGUCGCUGCAGAGUGCCUUCGCUCCGCCGCCGACGCAUUGGCCCGCAUCACAGGCCGGGGUGGUAGCGGCGAUGUGGAAGAGGUGUUGGGGGUCGUUUUCGAAAAGUAA